GGCGUCACCUGGAAGUAGUCACGCUGGGCGGGAUUACCGGAACAACAAGAUGGCGGAGAGUGAAGAGUUUCGGGAGUCCUUCCUGUAGCAGAAACCUCUGCGUGUUGACAGGUAAAACUGCCGCGUGGCACCACACCGACACCAGCAUGAACCUCCAGCAGCCAGCACCCCUCAUCCCCCCCGUCCACCCUGAUGUGCAGAUGAAGCCCCUCCCCUUCUAUGAUGUGCUGGACGUCCUCAUCAAGCCCUCGAGUCUAGGAGCGAGCCCGGCACAGAGGUACCACCAAGAGAAAUACUUCAUCUUUGCCCUGACACCACAACAAGUUCGUGAAGUGUGCAUAUCCAGGGACUUUCUACCAGGGGGAAGACGAGACUAUAUGGUUCAGAUUCAACUGAGGUUUUGCUUGUCAGAGACGAGUUGCACUCAAGAGGAUAACUACCCAAACAGUCUGUGUAUAAAGGUCAACGGGAAACUUUUCCCUCUGCCAGGUUACGCACCGCCACCAAAAAAUGGUGUGGAACAGAAGAGACCGGGAAGACCUCUCAACAUCACCUCUCUGGUCCGCCUCUCCUCUGCUGUACCCAAUCAGAUUUCAGUGACAUGGGCACCUGAAAUUGGAAAAACCUAUUCCAUGUCUGUGUACCUGGUGAGGCAGCUGACAUCACCAUUGCUGCUGCAGAGGCUGAGGAUGAAGGGCAUCAGAAACCCAGACCACUCCAGAGCACUAAUUAAAGAGAAGCUGACGGCAGAUCCAGACAGUGAGAUCGCUACAACGAGCCUUCGAGUCUCACUCAUGUGCCCGCUGGGUAAGAUGCGUUUGACGGUGCCGUGCCGGGCGGUGACCUGCUCCCACCUGCAGUGUUUUGACGCUGCCCUGUACCUGCAGAUGAACGAGAAGAAACCCACCUGGAUCUGUCCUGUGUGUGACAAGAAGGCUGCGUACGAGAGUCUCAUCAUCGACGGUUUAUUCCUGGAGAUCCUGAAUGACUGCUCCGAUGUGGAUGAAAUCAAGUUCCAAGAGGACGGAACCUGGUGUCCCAUGAGACCAAAGAAAGAAGCCGUCAAAGUGUCCUCACAGUCGAUUUCAAAAAUAGAGACUACAGUUCCUUUGCGCCAGUCUGCUGUGGUCCCCCACUCUACUGAGCCCAGCACCACCAAAAAGGCAGAUGUGAUCGACCUGACUCUGGAAAGCUCGUCCUCCUCUUCCUCUGAUGAAGAGGACUCGGACCCUCCCCUGAAGAAACGCUGCAUUUACAUUUCCAAGAGCGAGGACAUGCAUGCGAAGGGAGUGUUGACCUACCAGCCCACUGUGCGCGUGCCAAAUGUCCAGGUCCUGGACCCGUCCUACCUGACCUCUACGCUGGCUGACUAUGCAGUCCCCUUCCACCCCUCCACCCUGGCCUCCAUCCCCACAGACAUGCAGAGUCUGGAUUUGUUUUCCUUAAUUCAAGCAGAUCCUCAGCAUUACCGGCCGCAGAUGUUCCUGGACAACCUGACGAGCAGCAUGCAAAGUGCAGCCAGCACCAGCUCCGCCCUGGUGUCCUCCUCCAGCAGCCACUACGACACCAGCACCCACGCUGCCAGCUCCAUCCACGAGACUCGGGUCAUCACUGGAGGAGGGGGCAACGGAGGGGGCACUGACAGCGGCAUUUCAGAUAUCAUUUCACUAGACUGAGCCACAUCUCACUGGACCUCUUCAGGCCUGUUUUCUGUGGCCUUCUCAGUGUGCACUACGUGAACAUACCAUGUAGAAUUCUCCACAGAAGCACCCACUCGAGCACUUUGAUGAUCUGAGCAUAGUAACGUUGUAAAAAACUCUAUUCUUUGUGCCGUUGGGGUUCUUCAAAAGGGUUUUGCACACAGGAUGAAACAUAAUUUGAUGGCCAAAGACAACAUUGUGAGUCAGUGUAUUGUGAUCUCUCUUGACCAAGUACUCAUCUCUUGGUGGCUGCGGUUCAGGAGGCAGAGUGAUCCCCACCCCCUGCAAACAACAUGUUGAAGUGUCAUCUAGCAAGAUACUGAACCCCAUAUUGCCAACGAUAGUGUGGCUAACAGCGUGUGAGUGUGUGUGCUUAAGUAUUUAUCACUCCUGAUGAGCAGGUGGCACCUUGUAUGGCAGCCCUCUGCCUCUGUAUGAAUGCGAGUAAAUGGGUGCUGACGUGUGUUGUAAAAGUGCUGUGAGGGCUCCCAGAGGCUGGAAGACCUGUUUGACUCUGGGAAAUACUCUCAUGGGCUCUUUUACCUCACAUGCCAUUAAAACUUGAGUUAUUUGGUUUUCGUACCAAAUUUCCCCAGCGUUUUAGCUUUGGUUUGGUUAUGUAUUUCUUAGUGGUUUAGCUUUGUUUCAGUCCAGUUGUUUUAUCACUGGUUUGGUCUCAUCCUUAGGAAAACCCUGUCUCCUCCUGACUUGCUUUCUGUAUCAGCCACCACUCAUUGACUUCAGCUCUGUGCUAUUGUAUGCUGGGCAAUCAGUGGAACAUCCUCAAACAUGAAAGGAAGUCAUUAGUUGUAGUGUUCAAUUUAAAAAUAUUACCUGGGGAUGUUUACUAGUUUAUUUUAACUUUGAAUUUGUGUCAUCAUUAUGCCCUGAACAUCUAGUCUUGUGGCCAUCCUUAUAUACUUGUUUAUGUGAAUAACACACACUCACCUCUGUAGGGUUUUUUUUUCCUCCCGCUGAUAGGUAAAUAUCUGUAAUCCUUGUUUUUUUUUUAAUAUUGUUUGACAUUUUUAGAAAAUUGAAAUCUUCAUUUAUACCAAUGUUCAUCUGACGUGAGCCUCUUGAGAGCUGGCUGACCUGCGCUGUGCCUCAUCGUGAAAGAAUGGCGAGACAGACGGAAGGAGAGCUUGGACUCGCCACUCUCAACUUGUUUCACACAGCAUCCAUGCCGGUGAAUGAAAUUUAAGUAUGCCGAAAAAUACUUUUGGACUGAUGAACUGUAAACAGGCCGGUCGGUUAUUCAAUUUUUAUUUUUAAGUGUUCUACCAGCUGUUACAGGGCAGCGCUCAACCUAAAAGGUUCCUUUGUGAUUAAGUCAGAGCAAUAAUAAUUUAAUUAGCAUUAGAUAAUAAAGUUGUAAAUGUAGUUCGCAGUAAAUGGUUCCAGUUGGUUUCCACUCUGCCUCCCGAAUCCAAUCCCCUUCCUUUAUGUACAGUCAAGUUGUUGGCCCAGAAGCUAAAAUGAUUUUGCAGAUCCAAAACUUACACUCAUUUGCCUUCUUUCAGCGAUUGAAAUGAUCAGAUGUCUAUCAAUAUCAUCCGUCUAAGUACAGAGCAAGAGUCAGGGCCUGGCUAGCCUAGCUUAGCAUGACUGGAAGCAGAGGGGACCAGGUAGCCAUGUUCUGAGGCUCAAACCUGUCUAUCCUGACCUCUCUAAAGAUCCCAGAUACACACGCUCCGUCCCGUUUGUUUGCUUCAGACACAAACAGAAAUAAAAUCUGUUAUUAUACCGGGCAUUAUGUGCUACCCCAAGCUAGCUGUUACUUGCUGUCAUGCUAAGCUAGUCUGACCAGGUCUGGACUCAAGCUGUGCUUUAAACAGGCAUAGGAGCCUUUCAUCUAGGUCUCAGAAAGAAAGUCAACAAGUGUAUUUCACAAAAUGUUUAGCUAACGUACUCACAUAUCAUCAUUGUGGGACGGUUUUGUUGCAAACACUAAUACUGCCAAAACUGGGAUCCUCUUCUCUUCAGUCUCUGUAAAUCUUCUGAGCUGCAUGUGUUCAGAGUGUAUGCUGAUGACGCUGUGUUGUUGGACAGGGAUAGAUGGAUUGAACAUGAACAUUCACUCAGUGUCAACACCUCCCCUUUCUCAUAUCAGCCAGUAAACCGGGCAGCUACUGUACUCUACACUCCUACAUGAUCGGGAUGGCUUGCUGUGCAUGUGGACUCCAAGCCAUCGGGAGCUCAAUCUCAGGGACCUGCUCUCCACUUUGAAACAUACUGGCACAUAGAAAACAACACUGUCAGUAUCUGGAACUAAAAUACAGAUGGUGGAGGGGCUAGUGAAGUUUAUUUUCUAGGUCUGUGUAUUUGUGUUUUUCAAACACUGUUAAUGAAUGUUGGCAAUUUAAAGGCUGUGAUAACGAUCAGUUCUCCCAAACUGAAAUAAAUCUCACUUAGCUCAGUGGCCUCCGAGAUAUUACGUUUCAAUACAUUUUAAACAUUCACCGGCUUGUGAAAUUGAUCACGUCUCACUAGGGACAAAUAACCCAUACGUCAUUGGCAGAUGGGCUGACCAGAGCUAGCUGUUUCCAGUCGUUAUGCUAACCAGGUCCAGACUCCGGCUCUGUGCUUUAGUUGAUAUCCAAAUUCUCACCUAGGUUUCAUUCAUCAAGUGUACUUCCCAGAAUGGUGUGUUCUUUUUCUCCAGUAUCCCUAUGGAGGCCAUCUUUAAUUGAACUUAAACUGUGAAAACUACGUUCUUAUUCAUUGAGUUGUGAUGAAGGAAAAUAUAUUAUCUCGAAACCUGGAACAAUAAAAUUCAAACUCUGCAUGGAGAGAUACCACUGGUGACAGGCGAGAUGUUUGUUUGUAAUUCUGGGAAACCACAGUUGAAAAAAGUCCAGAUUCAACAGCAUCAAUUUUGUUCCCAGCUUUACAGCCUCUAUUCUCACAGACGGGCGGGGGAGGGUUAGCAUUAAGGUCUCUUGUUUUAUGGAAUUACUGGUAAUACUUUUGGAAAGUUACCAGGCAGAUGUUGUUUUAUUGUGUACCCUUCGUUCGUUAUGUACUUUGAAACAAUCCAGAUAACUUAAAGAAAGUUGCUUCAGAUUCACAAGGUUUAUUACAGGAUGGUUUAUUACAAAAUUGUCUCUGUUUUUCUGUAUUUUAAACUUGACAUGUGUUGGUGUUUUUGUAUUAUUAAAAUUUACUUUUUUUUAAAUCAG